AUGCAUGAUUCUGAAGAUGGAGAAACUGAAACACACAAGAGAGUUCAAGUCUAUUUCUUUGUGCAAUGUGGUGCUGAAAAUAGCAACCAAGACAAUGACAAAUAUGAUGAAACUCUUCUCCCCCAGAUUAUUAGGGAGAACCAGAGUGCUUUUGUUCCCAGGAGGUUGAAAACGGAUAAUGGUUUAGUGACUUUUAACAUCUUCUACUACAUGAAGAAAAAGGUGACUGGCCAAAAAGGAUAUAUCGGGAUGAAGCUAGAUCUGAAGAAAGCUUAUGAUGGAAAUGAAUGGGAGUUCUUAAGGGAGGUUCUACAAGCUAUGGGGUUCCCGAAGAGAUUGACGCAAACAAUCUGGAAUUGUAUCAACACAACGUCCUUUUCCAUUUUCAUAAAUGGUAGACCUAGCAAACUAUUCCAACCAUCAAGAGGACUAAGUCAAGAGGAUUCGUAUCCCCUUAUCUAUUCAUACCCUAUGCUGAGGUUUUAG